ACAGUGUUGAAUGCUUAAUGUAGAAGGCUUAAUGUCUGAUGGAGUGGUGGAUUGCUUUUGGAGUCUCCAGUGACAUCUAUGGUGGGAUGAGAUGAGGAGAUGAUAGAGUGGAAGCAGAAAUAUGAGGGGGUGCUAUGAUGGAAUGGGAAGUGAGAGGAGGAUAGUGGCAUAAGAGGUUGCUGGUUCAGGUGUACAGUUGUGCAGGUAGCCCGGAAACAGUUGAAAUUUCAAUAUGAUGAUGUUCAGGAUGAAGAUGGAAGUGGAAAUCUUCAGGAGUGGGUCCCUGCUUUCAAGUUUGCCAAGCCUGAUAAACUUGGGAUGAGACAUUCUGACCGGCCCACAAUCAGGCUAGCUCCAAUUCAUGAGGAACAAAAACUGGCUAUCGAGGUCGGAACUGCAGUUGAUGCAUGGUGGAGUGUGGCUGGUGGGAGGGGUUUGUAAUUAGAAUUGAUGACUCCAGUGGGGAUAGUGUUCAAGUCUACUUUUCAGGUGAAUGCUUGCUUAUGAAAAUGCACAAGAAGGCCUUGCGAAUAUCUAGAGAUUGGUUAGGAGACAAGUGGAUUGAUAUUAAGACAAAGCCUGAUAUAACCUCAACUAUAUUUACAGCUGAUAGUUCUAACCCAAAGCAUCCCUUGUCACCGUCUAUGGUGAAGGAUGCGGACUCUGUUGGUGUUGCUAAUUCAUGUCAAGACGUUCUUUCUAUUAUGAAGUCUAACGAACCUGAUAUUGCUGAAGAGAAACUUGUGUGUUGUGAUGGCUUUGCUGAAGAUGGGGAUUGUGUCCCUGAUAAUAAUAGAGAAAAAAAUGCACAUGUGUAAAAAAUGUUGUAGUGACAAGUUGACAAUGUUGAGACGAGUGGCAGUUGUGAUAAUGUAGAUAAUGGUGAUGAUAAUGGCAAGGACGUCGAUGAUGAUGGUGGUAGUAAGGAGAACAUUUGUGAUGAUAAUAAGGAUAUGGAGGUGAGGUGAGUGGUACUUCUGAACCAACUGUAGAACAUCAUCCAUAAACAUAUGAUAUGAUGGUGCUGGUUGUAGAGUUUUGCCAUCAUCUCUUUGCUUUGUUGUGAUUUUCGUCUGAUGUUAGUGUGAUAGAAUGUAAAUAGUAGUUACACAGGAAUGUUGGGAAGCUGAUUGAUUUUUUAACUUUAGUCGCCUUCAUAGAUGUACAGUGUUAUGGGUGAUGUCCAAGGUUGUGUUAUCAUCCUUUCCAUUGGUUGUAUUAGGAAGAUUUUUUUAUAUUACUAUUGAGUACUUUCACAUGUUAUA